ACUAUUUAGGGGGAGUUCCUAAAUUGCCUCACCAAAAAUCAAUCGAUUUUACGGGUGAUAUAUAAGAGAUAUUAGGCUAACCACAUUGUGACACUUACAGUUCAAAAUGGCGGAUAUUAAACAUCGUCUGUCAACUAUUUGGGGAGAGUUCCUGAAUGAAACCUCACUACACGGAUGUAAAAAUGCAUUUGCUAAGCAGCACGGACCAUUGAAAAGAACGCUGUGGAUUUUAUUUUUUGGUUUAAUGAUUGGAACUUUGGUGUACACGACUGUUACCUUCUAUCUGAAAUAUCUGGAGUUUAAUUUUGUGACCAAGACCAGUAUAAGAUAUCAUCCUGAAUUAGAAUUCCCGGCUGUCACGUUCUGUAACUUAUGUAUUCAUCCCUACAAUUCGUACCAGGGUCAAGAUUGCCUACAAGACAACAAGAUACACAAAGGAUUCGGGGAACAUCGUUCUCCAUACUCUUAUAAUAGUUGUGUUAUAAAGUGUCUGACUAAUCGUACACAAUCAUUGUGUGGAUGUGUUACAGAAUACCUCUUUCAUGACAACUCAAGUGUAUUUUGUACUGUUGCUGAAAGAUAUUCUUGUGCCCUGAAAAUUUGGGAAGCCUUCCUCUUUAAAUAUCCUACAGAUCUUUGUGACUGUAAGAGACCGUGUUCGGAAGUCAAAUAUGAAUAUGAACUUUCUUCUUGGCGGAAUAAAUAUGGUAAUCAUCCGAGAAGAAAAAUAUUUUUAUCGAUUUCCUUUAAAGACAUGAUGGUCACUAAGAUCAAACAUGAACCAGAGUUGGACUUCAGUGAUAUCAUCAGUCAUCUUGGAGGUUACAUGGGUUUCUGUAUUGGAGCUAGUGUAUUAACAUUGAUAGAGCUGCUUGAGGUAGUAUUGAAGAGUUUGAAGACGAUCAGACUCUAUCGACAUUGUUCAGAGAAAAACCGAGAAGAAACACCAACUAAUCCUGUGUAAUCCAUGACACUAAUAAUAUUUGAAAAUGGUAGCUAUAAUAUAAGCCAUUUAAUUCUAGUGUUUGGGCGUCAACACGUUCUGCAAUAGCAUAUUCAUAAUAACCAUUGCAUGUAAUUGUCUAAUUAUAUCC